AUAAACUGUUUUACAACUAAUAUCUAUAUAGCUGGCAUUGAAUAUUGCAAAAAUUGGGAUAAAAUAUUUAGUGUCAUUUUAGGUCAUUCAGUAUAAAGCUAUCAACUGCUCUUGCGCUCUUUUAAUUUAUCGCAAUUUUCCGAGAACUUAUGUCGUAUAUGUUGCAAGAAGUAGUCUGUGUCGUAGGAAGGAAAAUGUUAACUUCACUUUUUUGGUGUUUUUGAUUUCAUAAAAGCAACGCAAAAUAAAAAUAUAUGUGUACGACGUUUUUAAUGGGGAAGUCAUAAUGCAAUUUAUCGUCUGAGAGCGAAUGUAAUGAGCGCAACUGUGUAGCAAAUGAUGUUCAUUGUUGCAUCACUAAGUUCGCUAUACGUGAUUUUACAUAUAGUUCGAGUUCUUUCCGUUUGAUUACAGGCGUAUUUUCACGAUGCUGCCCAUGAUUAAAUUGGAAGCAGGAAAGUUGGUUAAGAGAGUUGUGGGAGAGGCCUCAAAACAUGCUGCAGAUGUAGCGGAAAUGAUUAAAGAAAUUCCAUUGUAUAAGAGAUGGUUUGUGAGUGGGUAUGGAAUUACAGUAGAUUCCUCUGGAGAGAGAGACAUUUUGAAUUUCCCUCAUCCUGUGAGAAGAGAGUAUCCAAUGAAAGUCCGCUAUGGUUUUGUUCCAGACAACUGGUUUACGGAUUUCUACAAUAAGACUGGAGUAACAGGACCGUACGUGUUCGGAACAACUGUGUCAUCGUAUCUUCUCUCCAAGGAAAUAUAUGUUCUUGAGCACAACUAUUACACUGGAAUUUCAGUGGCAAUUCUUUGUGUGAUGGCAGUGAAGAAGCUUGGGCCCAGUCUGUCUGUUUAUCUGGACAAACAAGUAGAUGAGGAAACAGGUCAGUGGAACAAGUACAGAGAAGACCAGUUUCGUUUCUACAAUCAAGCCGUAGAAAUGGAAAGGAAGGCGCAGCUAUCUGCCCAAGCACAGACCAUGCUGACCGAUGCAAAGUACCAGAUGGUCGCACUUCAGAGAGAGGCCGCAUUUAGAGAGCGCCAGAUGGAAGUUCAUAGGGAGGUGGUCCGCUGCCUGGACUACAUGGUGGAGGCAUCCCGUGUUAACACCAACUUCAUCCUGCGGCACAUGGCAUCCUGGGUGAGGGACCAAGUCUCAAAGGAGCUGGAAAAGGACCCAGAGCUGCCACGGCGUGUGCUCAGCCACUGCAUUGCGCAGCUGCGAUCCUUGAUACCACAGCACGAGGACCGCCACGAGGGCACGCCAGCGCCUGAUGACGACGACGGUCCAGAAGCUGCCAAUCCGGGCACAGAUGAGGAGCCAGCCGCAGCCGCAACUGUCAACAUGUGGGGCGUGCCCUUGCUGGUCUGAAGGGGGCAUCACACUUGCAGAAACACCUUGCUGUUGAUCUCAUUAUAAUACGAGUAUUCCUAGAAUAUUGCCAGGACUAUAUAACCAUUGAGGUGACAGUCACUGUAAAUCUCGAAAUUUUCCUGGCACUCUGAAUAUUCAAUCAUGUUUCAGAGAACAUUUGGUUGCCAUUUGCAACCUCACAUGAUACUUCAUCUGAGCAGCUGCCAUACACCUGAAGGUGAACUGUCAAAAACUGACAUUGGCUACCCAUGUCACACUAUAUUUAAUAGUGCUCUGUAUGUGUUUCAUGCAUGUGUCACAACCAUAAUUGAAAGACUGACAACACUGCCAGCAGGCAUCAGCCUCAAUGACAGAAAUGCUAUGUGUGGUAAGUUACUGUUCAUUAUAGCCCUUGACAUGCUCUGUUGUUUUCACUGAGGUAAAACUGAAGAAACAAUGGAAUCAUGUGUGAUGGUCAAUUUAGCCACUGUCCUGGUUAACAUGGUCUUCUGUGUUUUGUAUUCCCACUUACUCUUUAAUAAUGGAAUCCAGAAAUGAGUUAGAAGCAGCCAGAAUUGUUCUUUUGUUGUAUUGCACUAUUUUCCCAAUGGACAUGCAAAGUCCAGUAAUGAUGCAGGAGGCAAGUAAGUACUGAUGUUCUGUGCUACAUUGUUUCACGGAGCAUAGGAUGUGAUCUAUAUAGGCCAACAAUAUUCGCAUAAUAUUUUGUACACUUGAGUCUUCAGUCAUAAUAAGUCAUACUUCAUCCAUCCCAGAAGGUCUGUAAUUUUAGAUGGUUAUAAACAGAGUUAAGAUCCUGCAAAAACUCCAUUAAUUUUUCAUCUCCAUGGGGCCAGACCAUGGCAGUACCGUCAACGUACCUCCAAAAAACAGUUGGAUAAAGGGCUUGUUCUUCAAACUCUUACAUUAACAAAUUUUGCCACCAAGGGAGAAAUAGGCCUUCCCAAGGUGACCCCAUCAAUCCGUUCAAGUAUUCGUAGUUAAACCUAAAAUACUUUGAGGUAAAAUCAUACCAGAAUAAGGCUGUGAUGACUGCCUAAAAUUUAUUGCCGAUCAGUGGCAGGGGCUCUGCAGGUGGGUUAUCAAUGCUGCACUGACCUAUUGCAGUAGAGGAAGUCUGCCAUCGCUGAACAUUAUAUAUCUACCAGGCAUACAAUGGAACAACAAUUUUGACCUCUACUAAUUUGGAAACCAUUAUUAAAGAGUCUGUGGAGAUAUAACUGGCAGGAAACCAUGUUAACUGAAUAACUAUCAAUUGGGAAAUACAUUAUUUCCACGAUUUGCUCUCAGCGAAGAUGACAGAGCACUCUGAUGGCCUUGGCAGUUGGCAACCCAAUACACGUGUGAGAUUUCUGCCAUCAAGGGUGCUGCCUGCCGGCACUAUGGUGUGUGCACACACACAACAUGCUAAUAAACUGUGUGAUGUGGGUAACCAAUGUCAGUCUAACAAUCUCAGUCCAUGCAGCUGAUAUGCAAAAAUCUCUUGGUUAUUGAAGUGCUGGUUUUGACCAGAAAAGUAAGUUUGUGUGCUGAAAUAAGCUUUCAGCUUGAAGAGCUUGGAGUAGACUCUGUCACUGAUCAUUUUCUCUGCAGUUUUCUCUUUCUUUUGUUUCUCAGGAUUUUCAUUUUGUGCACCAGUUUUGUGAAGCACCUUUGAAAAUAUUUGUAACAAGUAGGGUGAGUGUUCCAAAUAACACCUAGCUUAACUUCUCUUGUUAUUUCUGCCUCCUGUGAUGACAGAUGAAGCUAGACAUUAAAUAACAAUUACAAACAGCUAUUCUGCUUUUGUUUUCAGGAAUCAUUUUCCUCCCAAUCCUUUCCUAGCUGAAGUUAAUUAUGGGAAUUUGAGAAAUUGGAAAUGGAAGGUUAUCAAAAUGUGUUCCUAAUUCUGCCUGCCUAUGUUCCUUAUAUUGCCUAUAGGCAAACUUCAAAACCAAAGGAUUGCAGUUUGUAAGCAGCGAGCAGUGUGUUGCGGCAAGUGUGAGAAUGCGCAUGUGCGAGUGAGCUCACAAAUACACACACACACACACACACACACACACACACACACACACACAUUCUGUAAGUGUUCUAUAAUAUAUGAAUAGUUACCAUGUAAAAAUUAAUAUCAGUGGAUCUUUGGCUAAUGAAAGGAAGAAAAAAGUUUCAUUCACUGACAGAAAGGCAUACACUCGAUCCAUUUCGAUUAAUUGAGGCCUGCAAUAGCUCCAGGAGGUUUAGGUUCAUAUCAUUUUCUUUCUAGAGUAAGUGAUCAUGGCAAGUGAGAGACACUGACAUAUUGCUGACAGUUACAUUGAAUUUUCCCCUUUCGCCUCAUGAAAUUUUUGAACCACAUAUUUAUUCUUUAAAGAAAUGUGUGAAAUUAAUCAGAUUUUACUCUUUGAACUCUCAUACACUACCGCUAGUUGGAAAGCCCUUUGCUUUACAGCUAUUAUGAAUAAUGUUAAAAAAAAAUUAUUUUUAGCAUCAGUGCAGUAAUUAAUAAUCUCUGUUUAUAAAUCUAUUUUCAGCAGUAGUUUUUUUGUAUCUCACUUUCCACUAGAAUCACUUAAUUUUAUUAUUCCUUUUUUGAUUAUUCCCAGUUUUUCAUUUUGAACAGCACAACAUCCAGCCUGAAGACUUUAUGUGGACCAGGUCUGCCUUUCAUUCUUAUCUUAGAAGCCAUACUUACUGGGGGGAAAAGCAGUAAUAACGUAUUAAACUGAUGAAAGUGGAGUAAAUAAAAAAUUGAUAGUUAAUUAUAUAAAUGAUAUGUGUGGAUGUUCUUAACAUUGCGUCUGGAAGAUACUGGGUGGUUGUAAGCAUGCUGCUACACUCACCCAGUAAAGUUUAGAAAAAGUUGCUUUACAAAAUCCUGCACUGUUGGGCUCUCCAUUUUAUGCUAUUUUAAACAUAUCAAAAGAGAUUGCACCACACUCACCUGUUCCAUGUACAGCUGGAAAGUGUUUAAAAAGAGUGAGGGAUGAGCUUAGAAAAUGUGGAACUCCAUCAGUGUCUUACCAGUCACUAAUGAGAGGGUCUUUGUUCACACAGUGGGUAAUGGCAACCCGGAACUCAAAGCUGGCUCACACAUUGUCUUCAGAACAGGUGUGUGAGGUAUUAAUCAGAGGGAUAAUAUUUAGGACACUCACUGUCAAUAAAUUCCAAAACUAACUUGCAAUAUUGUUUUAUUAUUUAAAUAUUUUUUAUUUUGUUAUAUAUUACAUAAUUUAUGGACUUGAUUUGCAAAUCAAAUGCAUAAUAUAAAUUUUACAUUUAAAUAUCUGUUAGCAGGGGCACAAUACAUAAAUGAAUUUUUAAUUUUUAUACUAUCAUUUGUAAUUGAUGUGGCAUUUGCUGGUCAGUGACAGAGAAAGCAUAACCUGCUGUCAUCAUUGUUAAGUUUUCUUGGUUUCAGACGCAUUAGCCCUUAGUUGUAUAAAAAACUGUGUUGUGAAUUUUAU